AUGCGAAAACCUGCAUUCAAGGCACAGGUGGAUACUUUUACAGCAAAUGCUGAGGUGGUCGAUCAACUUGAAGUAAGUAAGCAAGCACGGUGUUUCCGCUUUCUUAGGAAGCGAACCGCAGCCACUAACAUCGCCCGCUAGUGCUAGUGACGUAAAAGCUCAUGCAGCUAGAGCCAAAGUAGACUUCAAGUUCAAGUUGGAGUACAAAAAGUACAGUGCAGAAUUCUCAGGCUCUGGUCAACAGCCCUACAAUCACUGGUGAACGCUGCUAGGGAUCCUUCACGUCUUGCUGAUGCCGUGGCCGAUCUCAAAGACCCUGAGAUGAUAAAAAGUGCAAGGGAAAUGAUGGCUCAGGCUGAGCCGGCAUUUCAGGUUGAGAUGCAACGGAUGAUGGAACAGCCUGAAAUGCGCAAAGUCGUGGAGGCGUCACGUUCCUUCGUGAGA